AGUUGGAGCCCAGAAGACACAACAGUCACUCCACUCUUCUUUAACUCUUUUUUUUAUUUAAUUUCCCCACACCACACGACUCACGAGGGAAGUGGCAACUUUGAUUUUUGCAAGCAGAGGAGGAAGAAGAAGAAGUAGAAAGAAGCUUAGGUAUGGAGUGGAGUGGUACACUGGUACUAGAGUGAUGAUGGUGGUAAGGUAGUUGAGAAAGAAAGCCUUUUUAGCUUUGCUAAAGUCCAAGACAAGAAACCAAACAUCUUUUUGUACACAAGACAAGACAACAAUAGCAGUGUUUCUUUUUCCUGCCAAAGAAAGAUUAAGCGAGAGAGAGAGAGACAAGGUCUCAUCGAGCAAAGAGUGUGUUUCCAUGGAUGUGUACGAAGCAACUAGGAUCGUGCUCUCUAGAAUCCAGAACUUAGACCCAGCUAAUGCUUCCAAGAUCAUAGGUCUUCUCCUCCUUCAGGAUCACGGUGAGAAGGAGAUGAUAAGGUUAGCUUUCGGGCCUCAGAAUCUCCUUCAUUCUGUCAUAGCCAAGGCCAAAAAGGACCUCGAAGAGCGGCUUUCUUUCUUGACUCCGAGAACCGCCGAAGAUUUUGAGUCCGAUUUAGGGUUCGGAUGGGGUCACCGCAAAGAGGUGCUUAGGUCCAACUCUGUUCCGCCGAGACUUGCCAAUCAGUUCACCGGUUAUCCAUUCUCCCCCAAAGGUGUCAACUUGCAACAGAGUGAAGCCCAAAGAGCUGCUGCUUUGAUGAUGGGCGAUGACUUGCACAAAUUGGGAAUAUGGAGGCCAGAGAGGAUCGACCUCUCGGCCACGGCCUGCCCGGCGUCUAGACAGAUCUAUCUGACUUUCCCGGCUGACAGUAUCUUCAGGGAAGAAGAUGUUUCCGACUACUUCAGUACGUUUGGGCCAGUUCAGGACGUGAGGAUACCUUACCAGCAGAAGAGGAUGUUUGGGUUCGUGACCUUCAUGUACCCAGAGACUGUGAAGAGCAUUCUGGCCAAAGGGAACCCUCACUUUGUGUGUCAUUCCAGGGUUCUUGUUAAGCCUUACAAGGAGAAAGGCAAAGUCCCAGACAAGUACAGGACUAAGCCAUCCAGGGACAUUAUGGAUUUCCAGCUUGGGGGGAGGGCUUUUCAUGAAGAUCUGCUGUGGAAAAGGAGGUUUGAAGAACGAGCUCUUGAGCUGCAGAGCACAAGGCUGAUGAAUCUGCAGCUUCUCGACGUCGAGAAACAGUUUCAACUCAAUUUCGACCAAACACUACUUGUUUCUCCACGACUAGUUUCAAACAAUCAGAGAGUGUGCACAAAAGAGAAUGAUGAGGAUACAAUCAAACUUCCAGAGAGCUUGGAGGAUGAUAGGCUGGUGGAUAGCCCAAUUGUAUCACCGAAACACCAUUUUCUCGAGUGUGGGGUAGCUGCAGAAACAAAGGGUUCAGGCUUGUCGUCGCCAUCUUUUGAUCAGGAUGAGUCUAGUACAGGUACAUUGAAAGAGCCUCUCAAGUCCUUGAAGUGCCAAAUGCCGAGGUUAUCAAUGAUGGGGAUAACACAGGGCAGCAGCGGACCAACAACGUGUCGCGUUGGGAUCUAAACCCAUUCAAAACAGCUAACCAGUGGUAGUCAUUUGGCAUGUCAUUGCAGGAAGAGAAGAUUAACCAAAAAAAAGGAAAAAAGGUGAAGAGCAAUUAGGGAGACGUGGAUGUAAGAUAGAUAGAGAAGAAGAUGGGGGGAAGGUUGGUUGUUGUACCAUUCAUUAAACAAGAGUGUUAGUAAAUGAGUCCCGUGAAUGUUAUGCAAUGGACCACUCCCCACAGGUGACCUUAAUAUUAAUUAAUCAUAUAUAAAAAAAGCACAAGAAGAGAUUGAUUAUUCACCAGAAAAAGAAAGGUUGGUUUGUCUAUUUUUUUGUUUGUAUUCAAUCACUAUAUAUUUAUCUAAGUUAAGUUGUAAAUACUUUGAGGGAACAUCAUAUCUAUUACCUCAAGAGUCUAGUAGUUAAUUGUUACAAGAUAGCGAAAUUUUCACUUGUGAAGAUCAUUAAUAGCUAUAAUUGAAAGCCAUCAUUUGCUUGCUUUGUCCAUAGGAGUAAGUAACAAAGAAAAGUUAACGGCUUGGAAUCUUUAGUAGUUAGUGUCUGUCGUUUUG